AUGGGUGAGAUCAUAUGUAACCCUUGCACCGGAAAGACCAUAUCUUUACCAAAGCUUGUCAAAACAACACCCGCUGCUAGGAGACGAAGGCUAGCCGACCGCUUUUUCGGAUAUGAUCCUGUCAAUAAUCAGUACAAAGUAUUGUGCAUCACCCAGUAUCUUGCACAACACGCAACACCGAAUCACUAUCAGAUAUUUACAUUGGGAGCUAAACCUAAAAGAUGGAGAUUCAUCGAUUGUGACAUUCCUCACACACAUUUGUCUGACGGUCUGUGUAUUGAUGGGUUUGUGUACUACAUUGCGAGGACGGACGCAAGAAUGAUGUGUCUGAUGAUGAGAUUCGAUUUGAACUCUGAGAAGUUUAAUAUCUAA